ACGCCCACGGGCUCGCUCCAUUCUCUCCCCUCACACCCCCCCCCCCCUCUCUCUCUCUCUCUCUCUCUCUCUCCAUUUCUCGUUUCCCCCGCCUGCGCAGCCAGCGCAAACCCUAGCAUCCGCAAGCGCCGACCUGCGAGACUUCCCGCCGACGGAGGCUCGAGCUGCCGCGGGCGGAGGAGCGCGGGAGCAGCGGCGCGUAGUGCGGGGAUCGGCGCCGCGGCGGGGAUGGACCGGAAGCGCAUCAAGGACGCGCUCGAGAAGCAUCUGGAGAGGUCGUCGCCGUCCACCUCCAGGGGCGCGGUCAAGGAGAGGGAGCGCCUCGCCUCCGGGAGGCUGCCGGCGUCGCUCGGCAAGGCCGGAAAGGUGUCCGAUGGUGAGGAAUUUGAAACUGACAGUGAAGAUUCUGAUGUUAGUGGUUCUGAGGGAGAGGACACAUCUUGGAUUUCAUGGUUCUGUAGCUUGCGAGGCAAUGAAUUCUUCUGUGAGAUUGAUGAUGAUUAUAUACAAGAUGAUUUCAACCUGUGUGGUCUGAGUAAUCAGGUGCCAUAUUAUGAUUAUGCGCUUGAUCUCAUCUUAGACAUUGAGUCAUCUAACGGUGAUGUGUUCACUGAGGAGCAAAAUGAAUUGAUUGAGUCAUCUGCAGAGAUGCUGUAUGGAUUAAUUCAUGCACGGUACAUCUUAACCAGCAAGGGUCUGGCUGCAAUGUUGGAGAAGUUCAAGAAUUAUGACUUUGGAAGGUGCCCUAGAGUGUACUGCUGUGGGCAGCCCUGUCUUCCAGCGGGGCAAUCAGAUAUUCCUAGAUCAAGCACAGUGAAGAUAUAUUGUCCAAAAUGUGAAGAGCUUCACUAUCCAAGAUCCAAGUACCAAGGCAACAUUGACGGAGCAUACUACGGGACAACAUUCCCUCAUCUUUUCCUGAUGACCUAUCCACACUUGAAGCCACAGAAGCCAUCGCAGCAAUAUGUUCCGAGGGUUUUCGGCUUCAAACUUCACAAGCAGUCAUGAUAGAGUUACAUGAUCAGCCGAAGCUUCCUUUUACGUAGUUUCUAGGGGGAGAUCAUUGUGGCCCAAAAAUGUUGUGGCCUGUUGAUGUAAGAACUUGCGAGCUUGAAUCUUGCUGUAACUGAUGAACGAUUGUAUUUGUUUUCUGAAAUCACUUUCCUGCGACCCUAGGUUCAGGUUCUCUUUC